AUGACUAGGAAAGCCGCAGAGUGGUCACACCCUUUGCUCGAUGAAAAGCUUCACCUUCAGAUCAUCAGGCCCCCUGAACUGGGCAACAUCCAUAGUCACAAUAAGCGAGUCAUCGGUGGCGUGAAGAGAAGAGAUGUGUCCUCCAAGUGGAGACGGAAACGACGGAAUAGACGGGAAUGCGGUCUGAAAAUGACAGGCAUGAAUUUUCGUAUUAGUCCCUCAGUUGCCCUCCCCUAUAAACGACAUGAUUAA